UUCGUUUUGCCACUUUUUUUUACACUCAGUACAACAACAUCGUAUAGAGUAUUACAGUGUGUCUCUAAUUCUCAUAUAAAUUCAAUCAAAGUUUCAUUCUUUCUUUUCUCUCCUUCCUUGUAGCAGCCAGCUACUUUGUUUCAUCUCUCCCUCAAGGCGUUCUACUGUGGAAUAAGAACCCGAAAUCGAAGAUGAACUGUUAUAGUCUUCAGCAGAACGCCUUUGCAGCUUGUGAAGAGAUGAGAGGCUCAGUUACCAUUACUGAUCAGAAGGAGACUCUCAUUUGUCCUAAGCCACGUCGAGUUGGUGUCUUGUCGAACGUGCCUGUGCGGCAAUUAAGAUUUCAUUUCAAUCAACAAGCUGAGGGUUCUGAUUCAAAAGCUGGGGCUGAGCUACUCGACUUGAUUUUCGAGAAGGAUCGUCACGGUGACGAGUUUGCUAAUCAUGUAGCCUCAUCUCCACCAUAUUUUGGCGUGUCACCACCGGUCCGGGCUGCAAAUCCCUUGGUCCAUGAUGCUCAUUUCGGAGAUGAGAUAAUAACAACAUCACCAUCAUCUGGUUUGCUAUCUCCAAAUUCCACAUCCCGCAAAGGCGGAUGCGUUAGGAUGAGUUUUGGACUUAAACCGGCUGCGGUUAGAGUAGAAGGAUUUGAUUGCCUCAAUAGGGAUCGCCAGAAUUCCAGCGUCCCUGCUGUCGCUUAAAUUUUCCAUUCAGAGAAGUGUAUAUAAAAAUGGAGCUGAGUGUGAGUGCGAUGCGAUAACUUGUUUAAAAAGAAAGAGACUUUAACAUAACUAGAAAGAAGAAAAUAUCUUUUGAGUAGUUUAAGGUGAUAAUGUUGGAUGAAACAAACCUUGUGUUCUUGAGAAGGGUUUGAUGUAUAAAAGAUCAUGUUCUUUUUUGUGUAAUAUAAGGAUAAGAAUGUUUGGUUUAA